AUGUACUUCUUCCUGUGCAAUUUGUCUGUUGUCGAUAUCUGCUAUUCAUCUGUUGUCACCCCAAAGAUGCUGGCGAACUUCUUAGCACAGAGCAAAGCCAUUUCCUAUUCUGGGUGUUUGGUUCAACUGUAUUUUUUUAUUAUCUGGCUCAGCACUGAGUGCCUGCUUCUGGCUGUGAUGGCGUAUGACCGCUAUGUGGCCAUCUGCAAACCAUUGCUUUACUCAGCGGUUAUGUCCCAUAAAGUCUGUGUCCCAUUGGUGGCUAGCUCCUAUUUCACUAGUUUCAUGAGUGCUAUGAUUACUGCAUGUUUAAUUAGCAGGUUAACAUACUGUGGCUCCAACAUCAUCAACCAUUUUUUCUGUGACACCCCUCCACUGCUAGCUCUGUCAUCCUCCGAUAGCUCCAUUGCUGAAAAUACUAUUUCUAUUUUAGCUGGUUUCACCAGUGUCAGCUCCCUCCUGAUAAUCCUCUUCUCUUACCUGUACAUCCUGGGUGCCAUCCUGAGGAUCCACUCUGUCGAGGGCAGGCACAAAGCCUUCAACACUUGUGCCUCCCACCUGACGGCCGUCACCAUGUUUUAUGGGACUCUGAUCUUUACAUACUUACGUCCCAACACCAGCUACUCACUGGGCCAAGACCAGGUGGCCUCAGUGUUCUACACAGUGGUGAUCCCCAUGCUGAACCCUCUGAUCUACAGCCUGAGGAACCAAGAGGUGAAGGAUGCUCUGAGGAGAUCACUGGGGAGGGGUAGUGUUUUGAAGAAGAAUGCAUUUAUUAAAAUGACUAGAAAAGAAUAA